ACGGUUGCUAGCAACUUUCUGUGAGUUCCGGUUCUACUCUUCUGCAGUUAGACAUAUCUCCUCAGGAGGGUCCAGUUAGUUCCAAUAAUUUACAGUGCUGUUCUGGUUUUAUAUCAUUUUCAAAGUAACUUUUGAAGUCGUUUAUCUCCAGGUCUUCACAGUGCAGCAGUUUUAGUUAGUCACUGUCGUCAUGCCUCGUGGAAGAUCAGCGAUUAGCGUCCACUCUGAUUCCAGCGACAUGGAUAUUGAUACACUGGGAGAGACAGAGAUGGGCAAGCUACAGAGGCAGUUUCGCAUCAUGGAGGCCGAUCGGCAGGCCUAUAGCAUCCAGUCACAGGAGCUUAUUCGCAAACAGCGUCUGGAGAUGGAGAAGCUGCGUGAGGAGCAUGAGGAGCUGCAGAAGAACCUGCGAGCAUCCGCGAGCCAGUUGCGUAGGCAGACCGACAGCCACGACGCCCAGCAGCUCCGAGCUCUCCUGAACCGCCUUGACGAACUCAACGAGCAGCUGGAGAGAGAGCGACUCAGUCAAGCGGAGCUCGAUCGAGAGAUCCAGAAUAUUCAGAAGAAACUGGAAGAGCUGAGAAAAGGAGAUGUUAGUACCUUUCACAGUCAGAAGUCUCAGGCUCGCCACAUCCAAAAGGCCACUCGCACCCUGGAAAAUAAACUGGACCGGGCUCUCGUUCGUUUCAAUGAGCAGCUGGCGAAGAACAGCCAGCUGAGAGAGGAGCUGGAGACGCUACGCGUGGAGCGUGUCCGCUUCCAGCAGCUUCACCACAAACUGGACAAGGAGCUUCGGGAAAUCCGGCAGGAGAUUGGUGACGUCAUCGGCAUGUCAACGGCAGCUUACGAUUCCAGAGUGGAGGCUCAGACGAAGAUGACGAUGAUGAAGGAGAAGGCGGUGAAGGACCUGGCGCAGUACACCGUGGAGAUGAAGGAGCUGGAGAGGCUGAUCGCACACGAGCAGCGCCUUAAAGACUUCAUGACAACCAAGUGCAAGGAGAGGACAGGACUGGACGACGCACUCAGCCACAGACACGAAAUGAAGGAGCAGCGGAGGACCGACUCGGAGGUGGCGGCGGAGACUCUGGAGGAAGUUUUCCAGCGGAUACAGAAGGUGACUGGCGAGGACGAUUUGGAAAUGCUAGUCACCAAAUUUAUCCAGGCGGAAGACAGGAACUUUGCUCUCUUUAAUUACGUUAACGAGCAAAACACGCAGGCUGAGGCUUUGAAAGAUCAAAUCAGACAGAUCAAAGAGGAGAUGGAGAGGUUCCAGGUGGAGGAUCUGCAGCAGGAGCAGGAGCAUCACACCACCCUCAAGCAGAUGGAGGAGCAGCAGAGAGACACUGAAACUCAGGCCCUGGAGUACGAGGCCCGGGUUAAAGAAAUCACCCAGAUCCUGGAUCAGAUUAAGACAGGAGUGAGCGCCGUGUUUAAUAAGAUCGAUUGCGACCAUGCAGCAGUGGACGAUUUGCCCGGUUCUUUGGCUGGAAUCAGAGACUCCGAUAUCAUGACGUACCUGAGGUUGGUGGAGCAGAAAACCAACAUGCUGCUCACUGUGCAGGCCUUCAUCAACUCCAAGGACCCGGAGAAGGAUUACGAUCCGAAAUUGGCGGCUCAGGAGCUGCUUGGGAAAAUUGCGGAGAUGCAGAAACAGGCUCCUGUCGUGCAGCCUCCUGUUCCUGGGGAUGACUACGAUAUAGAAGAUUUGCUACUUCCACAUGAGGAAGACCAACCUUUGCCCCAGGAAGAACUUCGUCAGCGUAUUAUGAACAGAAUUCUUCAAAAGGAAGAAGCGUUGCAUGCUGGGAAGAGCAAAGAGGCCAGGUCUGCUAAACUCAGCGCUCAGAGAUCUUGAUUACCGUGCAUGUGUGUCUUGGGACUUGGACGGUGUCUGGUGUAAAAAUACAGAAAUAAUGAAAUGCAUUUAAAACAAUAGUUGUCACAAUCAGUCUCCUCUGACUGCUGAUAUUCUUACAAAUAUCCAUCUAUGCCCAUGUACAUGAAACCCCGCCUCCAAAAACCCACAGUGUUCGGAGUUCAUCUAUGUUAGUUCAGUAGCUAGCUGGGUAACUUUCCAGCAUUUCACAAUGUCAAAUUAAGAGUCUUUUUUAUCAUUACUAAAAAACCAAACAAACAAACCAACCUUUAAAAAUGUAUCUAUAAAUGAAAAAAAAAGUACUGAUAAAAAGUGUCAUUUGUUAAUAAAUAAACAAUUGUAAUUAAUUGUUACCAAA